AGAAAGAGCUCGCGUGUGAUGUGUAUUUAUUGCGCAGAGCCCUUGGUAUGUUUGGUUUGUAGUUUCAAAUAUUCUCGUGAGAUAAAAGGAAUAAAUCUGAUUCAUUGGAAGCUGAAGGCGAUGGGAGCUUGAGUUUUCCAUGAAUGGAUCAGAAAUAGUGUUGAUGAUGGAUGAGAUGUGCUGUAAAUCAGUAGGAACUGAUCUGUCCAUGCUGGAUAUUGAUGAUUUCAUCACAGAAAUCUCUCAGCUGAAGAAAGAGGUGGCGUUACUGGAGACAAAGCUGAGGUUAAGAGGAGAUGAAGGACUGAAGAGAGAGGACUCCGAGCUCAGUCUGACUUUACUCUGUUAUACUGAGUCAAAGCCCACAGACGCUCAGGACACUACAGUGUGUGACAGUAAUCAGGGCUUACAGGAUGAGGAAUCUACUGAUCAAACCUCCACAGAGUCUCUGGAUUCUGUCUGGAACGCUGGAGAACAGCAGCAGAUCCUGCAGACCAAACUCAACAUGUGUUCAGUCAAACUCGUCGACAGUGGAAACCAAACAGAGAUAAAAACAGAACCUAUGGAAGAGGCAGAUCACAAAGAUGAGGAUUAUUGUGAUGAUUUUUUUCCUUCAGAUGAGAAGAGCAAUUUAUGUUGUGACGGAGAAUUGUCUUCAACAUCAAAGGAGCGUCUGACAGCACAAAACUUUUCCUGCAUAACCGGUGGAGAGACAUUGAGCUCACAGAAGAAAGUAGAGCGAAAACACACAGAACAGAAACUCUUCAACUGCAGGAAAUGCACGAUCAGCUUUACUACUUUACAAGAGUAUAAACGUCAUCAUUCAAAAGAGCACAUAGACAAGAAGCAUCAGUUUCACUGUCAGCAGUGUGGGAAGGUUUGUAGCUCUUCUUCUAAUCUAAAAGUUCACAUGAGGACACACAAUGGUGAAAAGCCUUUCUACUGCACUGAAUGUGACAAACAUUUCAGCAGCAAACAAAGUCUUGUUGCUCAUCAGACAAUUCACACAGGAGAAAAACCAUACGAGUGUCCUCACUGUGAGAAGAGAUUCAGCCUAAAAUCCCAUCUGAGGAUACACAUGCGUUUACACACCAAUGAGAGACCGUAUCAGUGUAGUCAAUGUGAAAAAACCUUUACACAGUCAAGCAUUUUAAAAUCACACCAAAAAACACACAGUGAAGAGAAACUCUUUCAAUGUUCACACUGUGAUAAACGUUUCAAGCUGAAAUCUCAUCUGAAAUGUCACGAGAGGAUUCACACUGGAGAGAAACCUCAUCUCUGCUCACACUGUGGUAAGAGCUUCUCAGAUCCAUCUCAACUAAGACUUCAUCUGAGAGUUCACACUGGAGAGAAACCUUAUCACUGUGAUGUUUGUGGGAAGAAUUUCAGUCGACAUCAAAUUUUAGUGUCACACCAGAAAAUUCAUACAGGUGAAAAACCUUACAAGUGCUCUGAGUGUGAGAAGACGUUUGCUCAACCACAUGCCCUGAAGACCCAUCAGAGACUUCAUACUGGAGAGAAACCAUACCAGUGCUCCAUCUGUGGAGAGAGAUUCACUCAUUUAGGAAGUUUUCGUUCUCACCAGAAAAAAACAUGCAAAGGAACAAAUUACACUUGAAUGAACUCAAUUCAGAAUGAGGUUAGGUUGUGUGAUGCAAUUGAUAGAUAUGUGUUUGGGGGGGAAUAAUCCAAAAGAUAUUGUCUUGAAAAAUUAAUAAAGUUUUCACAUUAUUAGCUCCUUAAGAUUAAAGAGUUUAUUGUUUUGUCACUUUUGUAAGUAAAUUUGAAUUAAACUGGAUUUGCAGAUAUUUUCAUCUUAAACAAAAUUUGGUUGGAUCGGAAUUGUAUGGCUUCAAAAUAGUGAUCUGUAAUGUUAUGUUAGACAUGUUCCUUGAAAGUUUCUAAUGUAGGAAAUAAAGUUAAGCAAACAUAAAAAGCAUCCAAUUUAUUUAAUGUUUUAAGAAUAUUUCUUAGUUGUGUACAUGUUAAAGGAAUGUUACAUUCUAUCAUGUUUCACCUGUUUUGUAUAUUA